AAUGAUUUUAUUCACAAGGGUUAUACCAUAGUGUACAAAGCCACGUUCACAAGUAUACGGUUCGCAGGCUGUAGUGUUAAAAAAUGACGAGACUACUCUACAUUUUGCUUUAUUUAACAAUCGUGAAUAACGAAGUAGAUUCGGAGAAAUUAUCGGGACCUAAAGUGAUACCCAAGGGUAAAUUGCAAAAGGCUAAGCCACUGACUUACCGCGCAGCUGUAUAUGAACACAAAGUUAUUUUUCCCUACCCAUGGGCGAAGAACCGCCAUAUGGCCGUCAUGCAGAUGAUGGCAAAUCUAAAAAUAUACGAUCAGCAGGCUGAAAUCGCAGGAGCAAAGGGUGUCGAUAUCAUGGUAUUUCCAGAGGACGGUAUUUAUGGUUACCUCAUCAAGGAUCGGCAUGUGAUCAAAUGGUAUCUCGAGCCAGUGCCAGACCCUAAGCUAGUCGACUGGAUUCCUUGUGAUGAACCCAUGAGAUUCCCACAGGGCGAAGUCCAAGUCUACCUUAGCUGUCUUGCCAAACGCAACAAAAUGUAUAUAGUUGCAAAUAUGGGAGAUAUUCAAAAAUGCCAUGCCGGAGUGGAUCCGAAUUGCAAACCAGAUGGAUUCUACCAGUAUAAUACGAACGUGGCGUACGAUCGAAACGGAAGGUUUAUAGCGAAGUAUCACAAACAAAAUCGUUUUUUUGAACCCCAAUUUAAUGCACCGACAAAUCCUGAAUACAGUUAUUUUGACACUGAAUUUGGAAGAUUUGGAAUGAUGAUAUGUAAUGAUAUUCUAUUUUAUGAUCCUGGACUUGAACUUAUAAGGAACCAUGGUGUUACGGACAUUGUAUUUCCCACAGCUUGGUCAGAUACGUUGCCGUAUUACUCUGCCAUUGGUUACAUGAUGUCAUUUGCUGUUGGACAUACUGUGAACUUUCUGGGUGCUAACAUUCGAUUUCCGCACAACAAGAAAGUACGAUUUCAUGGCAGCGGAAUAUUCACUCCGGCAGGUGCUCUUCAAUAUGUCUACGAUCCUUAUACACCCUUCGGUGGACAUCUCUUGAUUGCAGAUGUUCCUAUUAAUAAGAGAAAGGUUGAUCGGAUCCCCUGUGAUGUUGGCCCAGUAAAAUUUGGACUUCCGGAGAAGAAAUUAAUGAUGCAUCCCCAGUUCAAAUCAACAGUUUUAAAGGAUUGGUAUGACUUCGUGCUCGUCAAGGGGACAUCAGGAGCUGUAACAAUCUGCCAAAAAGGAUUUUGUUGCACUCUUCAGUACGAAAAGGAAAGGACCUACGACAUCUUUGCAUUUGGUGUCUUCCAUGGCUUGCAUAAGUCUUAUGGAAGUAUGUAUCAACAGAUAUGCAUUCUCACUAAAUGUCGAACAUAUGCUAUUCAAUCUUGUGGACUUCCUGCACUGCAUUCAUCAACUCGCUUCAAAUCCUUCCGCAUGACGGGCAACUUUACAACGCCGUUUAUCCACCCACAGAUUAUUGUUGCCGACAAGAAGCUUAAGCUUGGUCUACCAGCUAUCGGAAGUUUCCACUAUGGUGUUGGAGGUCUGCAGGGCAAAUCUGUGGAUCGUCCAUUGAUUAGUGCAACGCUCAUCGGUCGCCAUUACCACAAGGAUUGCCAAACAUGUAUUGGUGGCUGAUUAACUGGACUUGCUAGAGGGCGUUGCAAUUUAAAAAAAAAUGUUAUGCACGCCUAUGGUUACAAAUAAAUAACAUGGCUAUGAA